UUUCAUUUUUUUAUUUUUUCAACAAACUCAUCAUUUAGCGAACUUUCUGAUAUUUUACGGAGAAAUGCUGAAUAUUUUGGGUUUCCACAUUUUCAGUUUACUUUCUCAAAAAAUAUUUUAAAAAUAAGGAAAGAAAAAAUGAAAAUUUCAAAAAUUUAUGAAGAAGACUUUUGUGCAUAACAAACGAAAGUGAAUGAGUUAUCAUAUGCUUGAUGUAAAUUAAUUAACUAUUAAAUAUAAAGCACACGAAUUCGCACUCAAAUUAAAUUAAUUAAGAACUUUCAAAGACUUCGGAAUCAAAGAAGUUUGCUUAAGGAUACAAUUAUCAAUUUAAAAGGAGAAUAAAGCACAAAAGACAUGGGAAAUUACUGCAGUUCGGGUCAAAAGAAGGAUAAAGACAAUGUUUCGGAGAAAUCUGAAGAAUCACCAGCGUAUCAAAUAGCAGAUAAGACACAGGAAACAAAGGAGCCGCCAUUGGCUCAACCUGAAGCAGACAGUAAUGACACAAAUGGAAUUAUAAAAGCAAACGAUGUUUGUGGUAGAUUGAACUCCACUAAUCAAUCUGGUGAUUCAAUAUCAGCAAGUCCUAUGUGCAUUUCUGCACCAGUUGACAUUUCCACUUUAUUGAAUCUUCCGCAAAAUUUAACAUCAUUAUAUGGACGUCCGACAGUAAGUCGAAGAAUUGAAAAAGACAAAAAGAUUGUUCUUUAUGUUCUGGCAGCAGAUGAUAGUUAUCAGAUGGAGAAAAGCAUAUUGCAGAAAUUACAAAUCAAUUUACAAGAAUAUUAUCGAUGUAAAGGCUUUGAAAUUCACAUUUCCGACAUUCAUGUAUCAGAAAGUUACAGUAAAACGAAUACAUUUGACUUAAACAAUUGGCUUGAUCAGCCACUUGAAGCACAGUGUGGACACCAUUUGGCUGCUAAUUGCUUAGCAGAAAUAACAAGACACUCAACUGAUUCCUACGUAAUUCCAAUCUUAUUUCUCAAUUCGACGCUCGGUGAUCCAUUAUUACCAUUAACAAUUGAAAAUCAGGACUUUGCAAAUGCAAUAUCAGCAGCUGAUAAUUGUGGAAAAUUAUUGCUUGAAAAAUGGUAUAUACUAGAUGAGAAGUCACAACCAUCAUGCUAUCGAUUGAAAUCAAUUAAAGUUGAGAAAGAGAAUAUUGCAAAUUUUGAUGAGGAGCUUAAUUCGUUAAUGUUAAAUUUAGUUGAAAUAUUCUCAAGAGAACUGAGAGAUUCAUAUCUUACAACUGUUGUCGAGCAGGAAAUCAAUAAUACAGUUUUGAUGAGUCAAGAAUUAGCCAAGCGAUGCUUAUGGAUACAGAAUCCAAAUUCACAGGGAAAGAAUGAUGAAAACAUGAAUCCAUUAGAAAUUGAAAUGAAUCGUAGAUUGAGCAAUAUUCACAAUGACUUGAAGACUCAACUAGCUGAGAAGCACAUCAUAAAAAUGCCUGUUGCAUCUCAGCAACAACAGGAGCAAUUCUUAUCCGUUUUCCAUUCAUCAUUAUCGUCUGAAAUUGAUGCAAUUAUCGAUGAACAUACAAAUAAAUUCCAAAUUCCAUACUGUACAUUCGGCGUUGAUCGUCGUCUACUCACUGAGCUUGAGGAAGUAAAUCGUCAUUCACAAAUCUUAAAUCAAAAUUGUGCAAACUUUUCAAUAAUUGAGAAUGUAAAGAGUUAUUUGAACGGAAACUCUACAUCACCGUUAAUUGUUUAUGGGAAAAAUGGGAGCGGAAAGAGUGUGUUAUCAGCCAAAAUUGCACAGAGCAUUCAUACUUGGAUACCGGAGUGUAGUUUUGUGUUAAGAUAUUCUAAUCUAACAGCCAUAAGUUCAGAUAUUACAUCAAUCCUAUCUACAAUUACCGAACAAAUAAGUGUUCUAUUAAAAGAAUCGCCAAAUGAAUGCAUUCAUACACAACAAUCAUAUACGAAGCUUUUGAGUCGCUUAAUACAUAAAGCAAAGCAUCAAAUUGUAAUCUUGAUAGAUUCAGUAGACAAACUUUAUGACAUAAAAGACAUGGACUGGCUUCCAACGGAGCUAGUAAAUAAUGUAAAAAUUAUCUUAACUGUAACGUCCACAUCAAAAAAUCAUGAUGAUUUUGACUCGACGUCUUUAUUAAAGGCACUCAAAGUCAAAAUUAAUGCACAAAACUUUUUGUAUUUAUCGUCAUUCACUCAAGAGCAAUGGGAGGAUGUUUUGACAUUUGGCAGUGGAGCAACAAAUGGCGCUUUACAAUUGCCUGAAUCAUGGAAGAAAUCAGAUGAGAAAGCUCCUAUACAAGCAAAGAUCUUAUGGUGGUUGGCAUGGCUGGGACAAAGGAAGCUAGAAAACUUAUCAAUAUCACAUAUAAGCGAGAAAGUUUUUGAAAUAUUAGAAAAUAAAUUUGGUCUUACAACUGUCAAGUACCUAAUAACUCUCAUUACUGCCUCACGUGAUGGUUUACUAGAAACAGAAAUCAUUGAAAUGCUUGAGAGUUCUAAAAUUGUGGACGGAUCUAUAACUAAACUUUGGACCAAUUUCUCUUGGACGAUGGGGCCACUUUUGCUUCAUAACAAAAAUAUUAAAAUUAUGGAUUCAACAAUUCGAGCUGUAGCAGAGAAGCGCUAUGAAUCAGAUAUGGAAUGUGCACAUAAAAUUCUUCAUGACUACUUUGUACAGCAACCAAAUGUUUACUUUGACAGCAAGAAGAAGGAAAGCUGCUACAACACUAGAAAAUUUACUGAACUUCCUUAUCACUCAUUUAAAAUUGAUAAGAAAGAAUAUGAAACGUCGCAAUAUCUAACAAAUUUAACAUGGCUACAUGAUAAAAUAGAUUCCACAGGUUGUGUUCAACUUCUUUUUGAUAUCUAUCUUAUAAGUCCACCUGUUCAAAGUAAUGAAAUGUCACCAAAUGCUCGAAACAUUAAAUUAGCUGAGCACAUUGAAUUCUUAAUUAGAUUUUUGGAAAUUCAUUUUAAAUCGUUAAAUUAUGAUGCGCAACAGCUUCAGUCAUUACUAUCGACAUUCAUUAAAGCUGAACUAUCAAAAAGAAGUGAUCUUUCGAGCAAUUCAAUUAUCCAAGGAUGGCAGAACGAAAUCAAAAGUGGAGAUGCUUAUAUUGAGAGAUUAUAUAUUGAAAAUGAUGAUGAUGAUAAUGAUGAGGAAAUCAGUGAAAAUGGUGAUGAAUGUGAUUCAAAUAAAAAUGGAUAUGAUUUCCUCAUUAACACCAAUGUGAAUGAAAGCUUUGCCAUUUCGUUGAGCACUGACCGAGAAGAGAUAUGUGUAUGGAAUGUUCUCGAAUGCUCUAAAGUAAGAACGCUCAAUGGGGUACCCCAACCAUCAUCUGUGUGUCUAGUUGGAGAAUAUGAAUUGGCUGUUCUAUGUAAACGAGAAAUUCGUGUUCUCGACUUGAAUGAAGGAAAAUUCAAGGUUACUCUCAAAGGAGUCAUGAAUCAAAAGAUGCCAUAUUUUGGGCUUCAUGAUCCUCAACAUCUUGUUUGUUUAUCUCGAAAUCGUAUGUAUGUUAAUUUAAUGAAUAUGGAAUCUGGCGAUUGUGUUACUACGUUUAAAGCUGGAGAAGAUAGAUUUUUAAAUUCAUUGCUCGUAUCGGGCGACGGAAGAAUUCUCGUUUGUGGUGAUGAGACAUCAAAGCCAUUUCCCCUUCUUGUUUGGCAUUUGACUCAGCGCAAAUUGCUUUAUGAUCUUCGAAUACCCCACCACGAUUUUAUCACAUCUCUUUCCGCAAUAACCCAUGAAGGAUCGUACGUCUGUGUUGUAGCUAAAGAAUUGAAUGAACCUGCACCAAAUUUUAUUGUUGUUUAUGAUCUCCAAAGUGGAACUUUGUUUAAGAAAUGGAAGCCAUCCUGUAAUACAGUCUCACUUGCUAUAUCCCAAGCUAAUACUUGUGUCAUUGCCGGUCUCGAAGAUGCAAGAAUAUUGAUAUGGGAUUUAGUUACUGGAAAUUGCAGAUGCUCAUUGACAGGACACAACGCACCAGUGACUCUUUUAAAAUUAGAUCCACUCGGCAAAGUCUUGCUGUCAGGUGAUAGCGAAGGGCGUGAUCGAUCUAUCCGAUUGUGGGACUUGAGUUCAGGGAAAUCAUUAUCAGUUUACACACCGUCAAAACAGAUAACUGCCUGCGAAUUGACAUCAAAUGGAAAAUUUAUAACAUUAGCACUUAAAAAUAAAAGAAAACUUGUGACCCUACAGUUAUCUGAUGGAAGUAAUGGCAAUGCAAUAGAAUCGAAUGAUGAUAGCGCAAUAUAUGGUGACAAGGAAAAUGAGGGUAAAGUUUUUAAUCUAAAUGACUGAAGUUAAGAAUCAGUUGAUAUUUUAAGAAAUUAAUUUUUAAAACAAAUUGUAUGUGUACCUACAUAUUUGAGAAAAAAAAUCGUUGAAAAAAAAUGAAAAAAAAAAUGCAUUAUAAAAUUUCAUCGAAUCGCUUCUUUGACAUUUUAGGAAUAAAAACACACAAAAGAAAAUAUUUAAGUAAAUUUGAAUAGAUGUUAUCGUGAAAGCCUUCAAGCGUAUUUAAAAAGCUCCAGAUAUAUCUAAAGAAUUCACACAUUAAAGCAUAAAUUUUCUUUUUAUCAAAUUUUUGUUAAUUUGUUUUCGAUUUUUAAACAUUAAUAAAAUUUGUUUUAUGAUUAGUUGUGAGCAUAAUGAAAAAACAAAGCACUAAACAAUGCAUUUUAACGAGACUUGUUUGUAUGAAAUUAAAAUAUUAACUACACACUUUCAUAAAAUCUACACAAAUAUAUUUUUUUGACAACAUUAUUUUAAUUCUAAAGAACUUGAAAAAUGCCAAAAAUCAGCACACUUUAUUUUAUUUAUUUACUAUCAUAGAUAUACAAUAUAAUAAUAACAAAUUAAAGUUACAUGCUAGAAAUAAGGUCUUCUUUUCGGAAGUAAGUCUCGAGAUGUACAUUUGGUGAUGUGUUAUCUGAUUUAACUUUGAUUCGCUGAUUAUAACUAUAAUUCUCUCAAUGAAUGUUAGUGAAAAGAUAGUGAAAAGAUCUUGACUAAGAACUUUAUUUUCGGGACCUCAAGUUUAAGAAUUUUUUAUACCGAAGUUCUAAAACAUCGAUGCCAUAAAAAAUUCCAUUUUCAAUAAAAAUGUGAGAUGCAUUAUAGGUACGACAUCUUACACCUGCCUAUUUAACUAUUCUCCACAUUUAAAUUCUUGAUUUAGAUUUUAUGCUAAGAAUUUUCAAACCUUUUAAAACUUUGUCUCUUAAUUUCCUUAAAAUACCCAAGCUACAAAUGAUCUACUUGGGAUAAACUAACUUUCCAAUCAAAUCAGAUUAAGCAUCAUUUUGUACAAUAAUUGAGACAAACUUCCAUUUUUGUCACAAACUCAAAAGCUUAUUAAAAAGACUUAAAAUUUAUUAAAAGUUUAAAAUUCAUUGGUAUAAAUAAAAAGGUUUAGAGUAGUCUCGUCACUCUCGUCCAAACUGCUUAAAAUUAUUCUAUUUUGAGCUAUAAUCUAAACGAUUAUUUUUCAAAGUUAUCAUUAACAUGUUAUAAAGUUCAUCAAUCUUUCAACACAAUGAAUGGAGGUGAAGCACGUCAUAUGGUUUUAAGGGAACACAGUAGAAUUUUCAUUUAGGAACAACCUCCUGAAAUCAGACUGCCAAGUGUGAAAGAGAACCAAUGAUAAAAUUUUACCCCAUCUGUUUCUAUAAAAAAUUAAAAAAUUGCUAAAAUUUUGAAAAAGAAUUUAAAAAAAACUUUAUUAAAAAAAUUAAAUGCUUUUGAGCUUAAAAAAGAAGAACUUUUAAAGAUAGUGUACAACAAUUAAUUAACAAAAAUAAUAAGUCUAGUUUCUUGACACAAAAAAAAAACACAAAACUAUGAGGAUAAGAAUGAUGAAUUAAAGCAAAAGAACUUAUAAGAUUUAAUGGAUGUAAUUUUAAAAUUGCUAAGUAAGUAGCUCUGUUUAUCGAUUAAAAGAGGACUCAUCUCAACUCAUCUGGAAUGAGAGAUGGAAAUUAUUAUUAUGAUAAAGUAAUAUUAAGUGUGAAAAGUAAUAGGCUGGAACCUAAAAUAAAAAAAAGAUUUCAUCAACUUUUUUUUAAGUCAUAUUUAUUUAAUUUAAUAAUUUAUUUAUUUUUUGUUAUGAUUAGGAACUAGGGUGAGUCAAAUAUGAUGAUUUUGAGGAUUUUUAAUUGUUCAUAUGAGUUUGAGACUUAUAUGGAACUUCCUAGUUUGACUAAUCGGAACCUACAAAUCUCCAAACAUGAUCUGUUAAACCAUUUUUAAGGAUUGUGAUUUAAGAUCAACAACUUUUGAAACUUAUUUCUCUCAAGAAUCAAAUCAAUCGCCCUAACCUACUCAGAGAAUAAAUCUUGUCACAUUUCAAACUGCUAAGAAGCUAUAAAAUCUCAAUUGAAAUCUAAUCAAGGCAUGAGGGAAAAUAGAACAAUUCUCUAUUCCCUACAAAUUCUAAAAGUACUGAUUUGUCAUAAAUCAAAGAAGCUCCAAAGAAAAUCCACAAAAUCAUCAUAAAACUGACAAUCCAAAACAAUAGCAGUUGCUAAUUUACCAAAUGAGUAGUAGCUAGAUAAGAAACUGAAUAAAUAGUAACAGUGUGUAGUUAUUAUUAAAGUUUCAUUGCACCUUUCCCAAACAAAAAUAAAAGAAUCUAGAAAAAAAAAUCAUAAGACAUUAACAAUUUGUAAGUAGGAUGAAGAAUUGGAUUAAAUUAAAAUAAAUUUCAAACACAAAAAAUGAGUUAAUUAAGUGUAAUUUGACAAAAACAAAAAAGAAGAAGUAAAGAAAAAAUUUUAGUAAAAAUAAUGUAAUUUUAUGAAUAAAUAAUUGAUUAAAAAAAUUCUUUAUGUAUACAAUCCAUUAUAUGACAGAUUGAGAAUAAGAAGAAGAAGAAG